GUGCUAAAGAACUCAGAAGAGCUAAGCUCUAGCUUCAAAUCUCCCCCCCCAAUUCUCUCUUCGCUUAUGAAAACUUGACCUCGACUUCAUCCCCGAGUUUUUGUUGCCAAACAACCAAUUUCUUAUUACACUUUUUACAACGAGAAUGCAUAUCCGCCGUUAUGUCUAGCAAUCAGUUUCCUAUUGUCGGUUCCUCUCGCGCACCUGCUGACCCCUCGAUCUCUUCCAAUGCGACGGCAUCAACCAACCAAACACCCAAGAAAAAGCAUCGUGCAGGACGAAAGCACAAGAAAGCGAGACGGAAGUCAUUUGCUGCUCCCCCAGAAAACAUUCCAGAUCAAGCUAUACCUGCAUCCAGUCACAGCGGUAACAGGGCCGGUUUCUACAUGCGUGGGAGGAACCUAAGUAACACAAGCAUCGACAGCGAAGCUCUUCUCGACCACAGGGAGCAUCAAUAUCCUCGCCCACGACGACCUUCCACCCUCACGGCUUCCCUUCACAUGCCGCAAUCAAGCCGAUCGCGUAUCAUGCAGAGUAGUCAGAGCCACGAUCACGAGGAAGUGGAGGAAGUGGAUGAGAAUGAUAACGAGACCGUACCUUUAUUAUCUAGCUCCUCGCGACAGGAUCUUAGCUCUUCGCGAGGCUACGGGUCAGGAGAUGGACGGCGAAAGAACGAUACAUCCGUCAGUCGUCCCGGUUCUAGCAGAUCGGGAAAGAAAUCCCAAAUGGUUCCCGUGACACCAUCUGAUAAAUAUAAUAUCAACUAUCCACCAUCCAUUCCCGGAACGCCUACGCUCGGGCCUUCAGAUCCCCUGGAUAUGAGCUUUGGGGAUAUCUUGAUGAGAGAUGAUCUUGCAGAGGAUGCAACUCGCCCCGAUAGCAUACUGGAAUCGAACGACGACCCGCUUCGCGACCAUUCCCCCUUUGAGAGACGCCAUACAAUUGCACUGCAGGCACAGGAGGAUGUCUGCUUUCCUCAAGAGGGGAUGUCAGAAUUGGCCGACGAGGACGCCCAACAAGCUCGCGACAGCCGCAGUAUUCGGGCCCGACGCAGAAGACGAAACAAGUGGCCGGAUUUGGCCAUCCUCGAAGAGUGGUCCCGGAUCGAGAAGGAGGAUCGUAGCGAAGAAAGGCGAAUGAAGAAAAUCACGGAACCACAAUUGGUGAACGGCAGGUUGCGGCCGAUCCAUAAGGGGUGGUAUCGAAUAGAGGAAGAUGCUCCGUAUCGAUUCACUUACUUCAAUGAGGAGUUUCAAAGCACGAUCCACAGUCAGAGCAUAUCGGAGCUUGUUCAACCAGACGCAGGCUUCAAGGAACUUUUUCUCCCAGAUCCUCCAAUACUAUCCGAUUCAUCUGAUGAUGACGAUGACGACGAUGAUGGGCCUCUCGCCCAGGCUCCAAAUUUAACCAGAAACGGCGCCGCAACUACCAGAGGACUCUCUCGCCAGCCAUCUUUCACACCAAAUUUCACAACAUCUGAUCUUAAUCCAGGUGCAGCUUCUAGACAACAAAUCUCGACGUCUGCGAAUUCCUCUAGAAAUCAUUCGGGUGACCCCAGCCCAUUCCGGUCCAAGUCCCCAUUCUCCGGCGUCAAAUCACCUCUUCCAAACGGGGCGAAGCAGCCUCGAUACGGCGAACGUCCCGUAUGGUGGUUGGAUGUCUUGAGCCCCACCGAAUCGGAGAUGAAGGUGCUCGCCAAAGCGUUCGGGAUUCAUCCUCUAACCUCGGAGGAUAUCAUGCUCCAGGAACAACGUGAGAAGGUUGAACUAUUUCGACACUACUACUUCGUCAAUUACAGGUCUUUCGAUCAGGACGCCGAAUCAGAGAAUCACCUCGAGCCGGUCAACAUGUACGUCGUGGUUUUCCGCGAAGGUGUAAUCUCGUUUCAUUUCAGCCAGACCCCGCACCCGGCAAAUGUUCGACGCAGGGUUCGCCAGCUUAAAGAUUUUAUGAUCCUCAGCGCAGACUGGAUCAGCUAUGCAAUUAUCGAUGACAUCACGGACGUUUACCUCCCUCUCAUCCAGACCAUCGAGGAAGAAGUGGACGACAUUGACGACAGAAUCUUGCAGUUCCAUUCUCCCUCCGAUCCUUCUUUGUCGUCUGACGAGAAAAGGCAGAGAGACGGCGAGAAAGGCACCGAGGCGAAUGCGGAUAACGGCGGAGAUAUGCUCCGUCGCGUCGGCGACUGCAGGAAGAAGGUUAUGACUUUAUACCGACUUCUUGGAAACAAGGCGGAUGUCAUUAAAGGGUUUGCAAAGCGCUGUAACGAGCACUGGGAGGUUGCUCCGCGAUCCGAAAUCGGGCUGUACCUUGGCGAUAUCCAAGAUCAUAUCGUGACUAUGACGGCCAACCUUAGUCAUUAUGAAAUGAUUCUCGCCCGUUGCCAUGCCAAUUACAUCGCACAAAUCAGUAUCCGCAUGAAUGAACGGCAGGAGCAGACCGCCGAUGUUCUAGGCAAACUGACUGUCCUCGGUACUAUCGUUCUGCCUAUGAAUAUCAUCACCGGUCUUUGGGGUAUGAACGUCUGGGUCCCAGGUCAGGAGUACGAGGGCGACCUGAAGUGGUUCUUCGCCAUUACCGCAGGGCUGCUACUAUUCGGCCUUGGCUGCUUUAUGAUCGCGAAGAGGGUAUAUAAAAUCGUCUAGACAAUCACUGCCGAUAUUCGGUAUCGUGUAUAUGUUACACGUGUCCCACGAUGGGGGCAAAGUUCGGAACAAGUGCAGUAUCUUGAUCCGCCCUAAUCGGCGUGGGCGCCCAUUCAUAUUCAACAACAUGUCGGGUACUUGCGCGAUAGCCCAUGUCACCGGGCCGCCAAGGUCCUCAUUUUCUUGGCUGCUUCACCGGCCGAACAGAUUUCAGCAGCACCACCAUUCAGACUAAAAAUGCUUAUCAAUAUUAUUUUCAUUCAGCACUAUAGAACGCACAUGCCGCGACGCGCACACACUUCAAUGGGUAUACGGGGAAUGGACACCAGCGUCCCGGGAUAGGGGAUAGGGAGGCAGCGUUUUUGAAUAAUUGGCUAGUAUAUACAGCGCCGCCAUCUUAGAUUCGUACGGAGUAUGGGGUUGAAUAGAGACGUUUAACACGACGAUGUUUACUAGGGUAUCUUAUAAGAAAAUAUGUUUAGUUUAAUUAUUAUAAUAACACUUUGCUUAUGCUGCACCCUAUAACCUAUACAUAACAUGAAUCAACUAUAUCGAUCUACAGGAAAACGAGGAUAGCAUAUUUUUUAGACUUUAGUUAUUUCAUAUCAUCUCUCUAAUAUAGUAUAGUUAA